AUUCAGCUGGACGUCACCUCAUAUGAGCUUAAGCUUACAGGAACCUUUAAAAUGGGAAGGCGCCGACCUCAUCUCUAGAUCUUUCAAUUUCUUCUCAACUCACCUCACUCUCUUCUCGCAUCAUCAUCAUCUUCCACUUGUUUCCACCUCGUAAUUUGCUCCUCGCACCAUUGGACAAGGAUCGCUCGCCCUGAGAUUCGGCGAUUGCUGCAUUCGGUUCAGCUCAAAGCUGUUGGGUAUGACGCCCCUGAACCAAGCUCUUUUCCCACGCGACGGAUGAUUAGGGUUAUUACGAGAUUUGCUAACUUUGUCUUAAGUUGAGACAAUUCCUCUCUAAACUCUUACACUUUCCCCCUACUCUUACACCACUUUCAAUCUCACAUCCGCCAAAAUGCCUCCUAGAAGAAGAGCUGCCGCGAACCCUCCAGCUGAUCCACCUCUGGACGGCUGUGCAAUCGCAGUCAGCGGCAAGUUUGACGACAUUGGUCACAGUCAUUCCUCUCUCGAGGCUCUCAUUCGCAAGCAUGGUGGAUCAUUCACCAGAAGCGUCACAAAGGCUACCACCCAUGUUGUUUCUACUCAAGAUGACUUCAACUCACAGAGCAGCAAAGUCACAGCGGCCAAGGAUAAGGACCUUCCUGUCGUGGACCCUUUGUGGCUCAUUGAUAUCGACUCCAAGGGUAACAAGCUGAGCGCUGACGACUAUACCUGGGACUCUGCUUCCAAGCCCAAUGGCAUUGCUAAAGCUACCACCAAUGGCAAGUCAAAGAAGCGAUCGCCUCCUGCCGCUGAUGAUGAGGAUGAAGAGGAGGAAAGCCAACCUAAGUCCAAGCGCGCAAGGAGCACCAGCGUUGCGCCUAAAUCGAAGGCCAAACCCACGGCGGUCAAGAGGAGCACCAAAGACAAGGCCCCCGUUGAGGAUGAGUCUGAGGAGGAGGAGGCCCCCAAGACCAAAGCCAAGCCUAAGGCUGCUGCAAAGAAGGGUGGUAAGGGCAAGGCUGCUGUCAAGGAUGAGCCCGAGGAGAGCUUGGAGGAAGAAAAGGUCGUUGCCGAGGGACAGUUCAUCAAGAAGAAGGAUGUUGCAAUUCCUCUCGAUGAGCACUGCACUCUCCCCACCUACCAAGUUUAUGUUGAUCCUGACUCUGGUCUCAUUUAUGAUGCUUCACUGAACCAGACCAAUUCCUCAGCAAACAAUAACAAGUUCUACCGCAUUCAGGUGCUGAAGAAUCCCAAGUCCUCUGACUUCAAGACUUGGACUCGAUGGGGCCGUGUUGGAGAGAUGGGUCAGAAGGCCAUCCUUGGAAACGGAACCGUUGAUGACGCUAUCAAGCAGUUCCAGAAGAAGUUCAAGGACAAGUCAGGCCUCGCAUGGGACAACCGUACCGACAACCCCAAGCCUGGCAAGUAUGCGUUCGUCGAGCGUAGCUACAACCCUGAUUCUGAUGAUGACGACGAGGAGGAGGACGACAAGAAGGCUGUCAAGAAGGAGGCAGAUGAUGAUGAAGACGAUGCAUCUCCUCCUGAGUGUACACUUGAGAAGCCCGUCAAGGAACUGAUGGAGCUCAUUUUCAACCAGCAAUACUUCCAACAGGCCAUGACAUCUCUCAACUACGACGCCAACAAGCUGCCACUGGGCAAGCUGAGUAAGACAACUAUUACUCGCGGUUUCCAGCAGCUCAAGGAUCUCGCUGCCUUGAUUGACGACCCAACCCUUGCCGCAUCAAAAUGGAACAUGUCCAUGUCUGCUGCUACUGAGCACCUUUCCAACACCUACUAUUCAUUCAUUCCUCACGCAUUUGGCCGAAACCGGCCACCUAUCAUCCGUGACAACACCCUGCUCAAGCGGGAAAUAGAACUUCUCGAGAGUUUGUCUGACAUGAAGGACGCCGCUGAGAUUAUGAAGAUCGAUCGCAAGACGAGGGAUACUAUUCAUCCUCUUGAUCGCCAGUUCCAGGGUCUCGGCCUUGAGGAGAUGACUCCUCUUGAUCACAAGAGCAGCGAGUUCAGCCAUCUCAAGAACUACCUCAACGAGUCUCGCGGUUCUACUCACAACAUGAGCUACACCGUCAAGGAUAUCUUUCGCAUUGAGCGACAAGGCGAGUUCAAGCGAUUUGACGACUCUGAGUACUCCAAGAUCUCUUCCGAUCGUCGUCUUCUCUGGCACGGCUCACGAGCGACAAACUACGGUGGUAUCCUUAGUCAGGGUCUCCGUAUUGCCCCUCCUGAAGCUCCUGUGUCAGGUUACAUGUUCGGUAAGGGCAUUUAUCUCGCCGACAUGUCCUCCAAGUCGGCCGGAUACUGCUGCUCUUACAACACUGGUGGCGAGGCUUUGCUUCUGCUUUGUGAAGCUGAGCUUGGUGAUCCUAUACAGAAGCUCACUGGAGCUAGCUCUAAUGCUGGCACUGAUGCAAAGAAGCAAGGCAUGCACAGUACCUGGGGUCAAGGUAGAACCGGCCCCAGCAAGUGGAUUGAUGCCGGUGUUGUUCAUGAGAGCCUCAAGGGUAUCAAGAUGCCCGAUCCCGAUGUCAAGCCUGGUGAUACCAACGUUUCCGGUGCCGGCCUGUACUACAACGAGUACAUCUGUUAUGAUGUCGCCCAAGUCAAGCUGCGUUACCUCCUCCGCGUUAAGAUCUAGGGAGAUGACCUGGACUGGUAAUGUCAACGCUUGUUCAUGGAAUAAUCAGUAGACAUCCAUAUUCAUAAUAUGUGGGAUUACUGUUUAUUUGGGGCAUCUUAUUUCUUUGUUUCGCCGUUAUUCAUAAUUCUCUGUAUUGGCGCACCAGCGGGAUGAUUUGAUAUGCAGGAACAGAAAAGCGGUUGCUGGAAGUCAAGGUCAUCACUGGCAGUAGACCAAAGGAUCGCAACGGCGUUAUAUGGACAUGUGGUGUUUGACUUUGAUGUUUUAUUUCAUUUCUCAUGUGUCUUUCGGACUACUGUAUGUACAUGAAGAUAAUACACUAUGUAGAACAUCUGCGCAUUAUUUCGUGAAGGGGAUCAUAUCCCUGCAGUAUCCUGCAUUUUCUUUUUUCAAUAUUCCAACUCUUGCUUAAACGUAGAUGGAAGUCUUUGUGAUUUGGUUGUGCAUAGUAUGUUCUUGGCUUGUUAUCGUCCUCAUUCUUUGAGAGGUCAAGAUCCAAUGUUGACAACGUGACCUUCAGAUGCGUAUCAACCAUACGGGUAGUAAAGCUGGAUUCCAAUACUUGCACAAUUGAGAUUUUGCCAAGUAGUACGCGAUGAAUGCCCAGAAACGUGCGUGAGGGCUCUCAUGACUCAAAGUUCGUGCUUUUUGAUGAGUGAUAGGGGGUGGAUCGGCCGACAUUGAUUUUCUAGCCUGUGGUGGACGUUUCUGUUUCGUCUGCAGGGUGUGACGCGGCGGUUUCAAAGUUCGAGAAUUCGGAUUCGUUUGCAUAUCUCGAUUUCAUCGCCUCAGUGGAAGUACUCCUGCCUUCGGAGGGUUUGUCGGAUCAUCGGGUUGAGAAUCGGGGCUUCGGGAUGUCGUCGACCCACAGCGAGUUCCGACACUAAAUAUGGUGUAGAUGGCUCUGAAGAACUCUUGAAACUCCUCGAGCGGAAUUCAAGUCUUCUAGCCUGAUCCAAUCCUUUUCAAGCUCCAACUCCUCCAUUGAGAGCAUCGAUGCUGAGCCAGUCGUUGUUUGGCAUCCAAAGAUUCUGAUCAAGUCCCAUCCCAUACUCCAACCCGCUAUCGGUGCCUAAUCCAUCGGUACCUCCAUCGUAGGCGUUGUUGAUCUCUGAAAUUCCAAAGUCUUGACGUGGUACUAUCUCGGGAACGCUCACGGUUGGUUUCGCAGGGGCUUGGGCUUCGGUGCUUGGGUGUGGCAAGUCCGGCGAGACUUGACUUUCGGGGACCCACGGAUCGGCGACAAGUGAAGGAGGAAACGUUGAAUCGGUCAUGGCGGAUAUCGAAACAGAGUUCAUCGAGCUGAACUGGUUGGGAUCGUUCAUAUUGUGGUCAUCCGGGAAACCAUGUCGUAGAGCUUGUCGAGAGUAGCCAUUAUCAAGAGGGAGUCGACCGUGCUGAUCUGGCGUUGCGGAAGGUCCGCGGAUGGCGAUUCCAUGAGUUAUUAGCCUUUCCAGAUCUGCUUGAAUGCCUUCUGCAGUCUUUCCCGCGCAGCAGGACUUGAUAGUUGACAGGCAAAUCUUUGCCCGCUCCAUGACGGCUUCCAAGUUGAGGUCAUAUUUCAAAGCAUUAGUAUGAUACGCGUAUGUUAACACGCGGGCGCAUUGGUAUGCGCAGAUAGCCAUAUCCAAAUCGGUUACAGGUUUCGAGUUGAGUUUGUGCAUAGAUGAGAAGAUAUUGGCCAUUGACAUGGCAUGUUCGACACAUUGUCGUUGACAAUGAUCGACAAAAGCAUCGUCGAGAGAUGCAAGGAUAACACGGGGAAGGGCUUCCCGUAGACCACCCAGGGCAAGACGGUAGAGAUCUAUCUGACAUUGGUGCCACCAAACAUGAAUCAUGAUGAAUGUACAUAUUCGAGGAGAGUAGGCUCGGAGUCGCAGUGAGCUCUCUGAAAAUUGAAAAGAUGCUGGUAAAUGGGUUGCGAAAUCACUGAGAUCUUUCUGCAGUCCCCAGAUACCGGCUUGCAGUUCAUCAGGCUUGGUGUUUCGAGACAACAUGACGCGUCGAGAGAAUUCCAUAAUUCGUCGUCGCAUGUGCUGUAUGCGAAUGUGGAGAGCUAGACUUCCGACGUCUUCGGCCUGGGGGUUUCGAGGUUUGUCGGGAUCAUGAAUAAGUCUUUCGGUCGGUUGUGGAAGAUCAAAUUCAAAGUUGCGUUCAUUGCAUGGCAAUCCUACAUGGAUCUUAUCAGCACUCCAGAGAGAGUAGUCACGAUAGCCGCCUGAGACACCCGAAUCGAUACAGUAGAGUGCCCACAUGAGUCGACGGCGAGACUCUUGGGCGAGGAAACAAAGAUUUGGAGCUUCGUGAUUCAGACGCAAGGCUGCGGCGUAUCGGGAAGCGAUACUCAGCAGCAUAAAAGCGCUUGGAGAUUUCUUGGACAGGAUACGAUGCUUGAUAAUCAGGACAAGCGCCUGUACUUUGAUGGUUGAAGGCCGAGUGUAAUCGGCAAAAAUGAGAGCCUCAGCAUCGUCGAUACAUCUUUCACCAUACUCCUUCAUGCCCGGUCCCAUAUCCGUGAGGUAUGAAGUAAUGCCAAUCAGGGCCAGCAGAAGUGCCUUUUCAACUUUGCCUGUGUUGUAUCGUCCUUCAAGGGAGGCUCGAUGGAGAAAAGAGAACAUGGGAAUAUGAUGG